AUGAGCCAGUUAUCAGUGGGACAGAAGAUCAUGACCGAGACCCUCCGGCUCCCCUCCUUCCAGGUGCAGGCCCCGGGGGACUGGGAGACCCAGGAUGGAGACCCAGGAUCGGAAGCCUCCGCCGGGGGAAAUGAAGUCGAGGUACUCGUCACAGGUUGUGACCCUUCCAUCCUCUCCAGCUCUGCCACUCCGUCCCUCCACCGCAAGCGCUUCAAGAUGCGGCGCAUGAAGAAUGUGCAGAGCGAGAGCAGCGUGACCCCGGCUGUGUCUGCAGCGGCUGCCACUAUGAGGUCAGAGGUCAUGAGUAAGAGCCAGGGGUCGCACUCCUUCUCGGGGGCCAUGGAGUACUUACAGCUGCCGUCCAUCGAGAUUACGCCAUCCAGCGACAAGGACGCGGCAGCCACCUGGUCCAGCUGCUCCACACCCAGCACUUCCCCGCGACGCAAGAGCUUCUUGCUGCACCGCUGGCUGAACAUGCGCGAGAAGAAGGAGCACGACAGUGAGAGCAGCAGGGAGAACAGCCUACAGAGCAGCCACGAGGAGGACUCCGCUCGCUUCUUGACCCCUCACAGUCGGGAGGAGAGACCUCCGGGGGGUAGGAGGACGGUCACCAUGGUCCAGAGUGGCUCGCUAACUGGUCAGAUGUCCUGUGGCCUUGGGGUCAGGCAGGGCUGGGGGGGCUCACUGAGGAGGAGACUGGCCUUCCGCAGGGUCAAGUCAGACAGUGGGGCGGGCAAGCUGAGGUAA